AUGAUGUCAUCAGAAUCUGAUGUAGUUGUUUCUUCACUUAAAGAAAAUAAUAAUAGCAGCAAUAAUAAUAACAGUAUAUCUAGAAUAUUUCCAGAUAUAAUACUAAUAAAAAUCAUUAGAAAUGCAUACUUUCUAUCGAUGUAUGAUAGUACGUCUUUGGAGUACGAUAGGAGUUGGUGUCUAUCUCUAAGACUUAUCAAUCAUAUGUUCAUAAAGAUAUUCAAACAACUCAAUAAUAAAUUAUUCUUCAAUGAGAAACUAUUCAGUGCAUUGGAUAGAAAUAAUCAUUUAAAUAGAAUAAAUAAUAGUAACAAUAAUAGUAAUAGCAAUAGUAAUAGCAAUAGUAAGAGUAGUAAUAGUAAUAUAUUAAAUAUAUUAUUUGAAAGGAUUGAAUCGUUGGAAUUCAGUUAUAAUGCAAUCGGUAAAAGAGUUGGAAUCGAUUUGAUUGGUGAUCAUCUCAUUAUGAAUUCGUUGACCAGUCUCUAUAAUUGUAGUAACAUUCACUUGGAUAGAACGACAAAUGAUGACGAUGACGAAGACUAUAAUGUAAAUGACUCUGAACCACAGCCAAUGGUAACAACACCGAUAGCAUCGAUUUUGACGAAAUCAAAUAACAUCGUUAGUAUUCAGACCAAUAGUAAUCUGACAAUCGAUGUUCAAUCGAAGCUGGAGGAUAAAGUAUAUGAUUAUCUCGCAUUUAAUAAUGUAGAGAAUCUAGUGUUUAUGAUUGUCUACAAAGAAACGUUUGCCUACAUCUCAAAGAUUAUCAAACACAACACACAAUCGAAAUCAGUUAAACUCAUCUUAACCGACGAGAUAGAGGAAGAUUCACUCGAUUAUCUGAUAGAUGCACUCCAAACUCUAGAGGAAUCAAAUACACCAAAAAGAGAAGAAAUUUAG